AUGACAAGCUUGAAGCCCGGCGGUGUGCCCGGAUUCCUGGGGUCCGCACAUGGCCCCGUGCUCCCCUCCAGGGCUUGCACAAGCCGGCGCGACCUCUCCAUAAGCCGGUGGAUGCAAUCCUGCCCGCCUGGCGCCCCGGCGGAGGUCGGGGAUUGCAUGAAUGCCGAAAGCCAACUCGGGGUAGAGGAGGGCAGCGGGCGUGACGGCGCUGGGCCCUGCGCCAGGGAGGGGAAGGUUGUCGAUGCGGAGGCGAGAAGGGUGUACCUGGAGGGCAUGUACCGGAGGGCCGGCCUGGGGCACUUGGGGUCGAUGGGCGGGCGGGUCGUGCCGAUGGCCAUUCAGGUGGUAGAGCCUGAGGUGAAUGAACAGCGGGUGCAGAGCGAGGUCAGCACAGCGCCCAGCGGCGGCAAUGGCGAUGAUGACCCAGACUUCUAUGCUAAUGUGGGCGAUGCACUGCUGACCAUCCGGCAUGAGAUUCCCUUGUUGUUUGAGAAGGACCUGACAUAUGACAUCUACAGGGAGGACAUCGUUUUCAGGGAUCCCAGGAACAGCUUUCAAGGGGUCAGAAACUACAAGAUCCUCUUUUGGUCGCUGAGGAUACAUGGCUGGAUUUUUUUCAGGAAGAUUGGUGUCGAGGUGAAGAGUGUGUGUCAGGUUUCUGAACGAGAGAUAAGGAUGCGCUGGUGCGUCCAUGGCAUCCCCAGGAUACCUUGGGAGGCUGAAGGCAUUUUUGAUGGUGUCUCAAUCUACAAGUUAGACCGGCAUGGGAAGAUUUACGAACAUGAAGUCAGCAACGUGAUCUUCAGGGAUCCCCCAGUCUUUCGCAUUCCACUGCUGGCAAACCUGUCACUUGCCCCUCGACGGGCACGGCAGCCGUGUCCAGGUGCCUGGUCGCUGAGCCUGCUUUACCUGAUCCAGCGCUUCAGCUGGGUGCGGAUGUACCUGGUCGUCCUGAUGUCCAUGCAACUCCGCAACGCCAGCGGCCUGGCCGCUCCAAGUUCGUGA